AUGGCCUCAAGGUUACUGCGGGUGAGCGCGGCCCUACGGCUGCUGCCCGCCGCCUCCGCCCGCGCCCCGCCCGCCCGCCGCCUCGCCGUCCCCGGCGGCCUCGCCACCGACGAGGAGCAGGCGACGGGGCUGGAGCGGAAGGUGCUGGAGGCCAUGAACAAGGGGCUGGACCCCUACAGCAUGUUCCGGCCGAAGCGCUACGCGGGGACCAAAGAGGACCCCAACCUCGUCCCCUCCAUCGGCACUAAGCGCAUCGUGGGCUGCGUCUGCGAAGAGGACAACAGCUGCGUCGUCUGGUUCUGGCUGCCAGGGGAGGCCCAGCGCUGCCCCUCCUGCGGCGCCCACUACAAACUGAUCCCCCACGAGCUGCCCCACUGAGACCCCCAUGGUGGG